AUGGGGAGGAGCAGCCGCGCCUGCUCCCUUCUUGGUUCCGCCCAGCUGCUCCUGCUGCUGCUCUCGCUCGCGCUCGGCUCCGCCGCCGCCCAGAAGGGUUCCACCUGGAAGACCCUGAGCGGCAAGGCUCCAGUAAUCGUUGCUAAGGGCGGGUUCUCCGGUCUAUUUCCUGAUUCCAGUUAUGAUGCUUAUCAGAUUCUUGGGACUCUUAGCUCCCCUGACACAGCCAUUUGGUGUGAUGUUCGGUUGACAAAGGAUGGCGGUGGUAUCUGCCUACCGAGCAUAGACAUGGAUAAUUGCACAGUGAUAGCCUAUGUUUUUCCUCAAGGGAAGAAGACCUACAAUGUUAAUGGUGUAUCUACGGUGGGAUGGUUCUCCGUGGACUACACAAGCACUGAUCUGCUAAAUGUAUCUCUGAAGCAAUCGGUCCUAUCUCGUACUGGUGCAUAUGAUGGUAUCUUUUCAAUAACUCCUGUUGAAAUUGUUUACACCCAAUUUAAUCCCGCUGCUGUUUGGUUAAAUGUCCAGCAAGACAGUUUCUACAGCCAGUUUAAGCUUAGCAUGAGAAGCUAUAUCCUGUCUUUAUCGAAAAAAUUUGUUGUCGAUUACAUUUCAUCGCCUGAAGUGAACUUCCUCACCAGUAUAUCUGGAAGAGUUAGCAAGAAGACGAAGCUUGUGUUCCGCUUUCUUGACGAACGCUCUAUUGAGCCAUCGACAAAUCAGACUUAUGGCUCAAUGUUGAAAAAUCUAACGUUUGUCAAGACUUUUGCCUCUGGAAUACUUGUUCCCAAAAGCUAUAUCUGGCCUGUUACACCAGAUAAUUACCUGCUGCCUUAUACUUCAGUUGUUGAUGAUGCUCACAAAGCGGGGCUAGAAAUCUAUGCUGCUGAUUUUGCAAAUGACUUUACUAUCAGCUAUAACUACAGCUUUGAUCCAUUAGCGGAAUAUCUUUCCUUCAUUGAUAACGGUGCCUUCUCUGUUGAUGGUGUAUUGAGUGAUUUUCCGAUUACUCCUUCAGAGGCAGUUGGUUGCUUUAGUAACCUGAACACCAGCAAGAUUGAUCAUGCUAAACCUCUAGUUAUCUCUCAUAAUGGUGCUAGCGGUGACUACCCAGACUGCACUGACCAAGCUUAUGAAAAGGCAGUUGCCGAUGGUGCAGAUGUCAUUGACUGUCCUGUUCAAGUGACCAAAGAUGGCAUACUGAUAUGCAUGAGUUCCGUUGACCUAAUGGGCGUUACUACUGUUGCAAAAUCACAAUUUGCUUCGCAAGUAACUACCAUCAACGAUCUGAAGGCUGGGCCUGGCGUCUUCACCUUCAACCUUACUUGGGAUGAUAUUUCUAAGAACCUAAAGCCCAUGAUAUCGAACCCAGCGAUCAACUUUGGCCAGUACAGAAAUCCCAGAAACAAGAAUGCAGGAAAUUUCAUGAGAUUAUCAGACUUUUUGACCUUUGCAAAGGGAAAGGAUUUGUCAGGAAUCAUGAUAACUGUUGAGCAUGCUGCCUUCAUGGCAGAGGAGCUUGGAUUUGGUGUGGUAGAUGCAGUGAUCAAAGCCCUUGAUGACUCUGGUUAUAACAAGCAGACUGCCCAGAAUGUUAUGAUUCAGUCAACCAACAGCUCAGUUCUAGUGAAGUUCAAGCAGGAAACCAAGUAUAACCUUGUCUACAUGAUUGAAGAAAAUGUCAGAGAUGCUGCACCUUCCUCCCUUGCAGAUAUUAAGAAGUUUGCUAAUGCUGUUUCUGUUAGCACCACAUCUGUUUUCCCGGAAACCCAUUAUUAUUUGACAAACCAGACCAAUAAUCUUGUUCCGACCCUUCAGUCUGCUGGCCUCCAAGUUUACGUUUACGUGCUCAUGAAUGAGUUUGGUUCUCAACCAAAUGACUUCUUCGCAGACGCUACUGCACAGAUUAAUGCUUAUGUGCAAGGUGCUAAUGUGGAUGGGGUCAUCACUGAUUUCCCUGGGACUGCUCACAGAUACAAAUUGAACUCCUGCAUGAGCAUGGGAAAGAACGCACCACUCUUUAUGUCGCCUCCGAAACCUGGUGACCUCCUUUCAACCAUGCCCGGAAAUGCACAGCCACCAGCAGCAGCCCCAAUGCCGCUCUUGACGGAUGCUGACGUUGCAGAACCAGCCCUACCUCCAGUCAGUAACACCACCACGCCUGCAUCGCCUUCGCAUGCCGCCCUCAGAAUGCGGACCGAUGUCUCGAUCCUCAUCACAUUGCUGAUGCUAUGUGCUUCCCUCCUCAUCUGA